AUGUGGUCACUCCUCCCCUUCCUAGCCUGCGUGGCUGCGCAGGUCAAGAUCAUACCCUCCCCAGUCCAGCACACCGGCAACGUCGAUGCCUGCCAGGGCUACGUCCUCAAGGUCACCCAGAGCGAUGUCGGCCUUGACGGCGAGCUGACCCUCAAGGGCCAGUGCAACGCCUACGGACCCGACUACGAGAAGCUGAAGCUCACUGUCCGCCACGAGACGGCCGACCGUCUCCGCGUCCACAUCGCCGACGCCGAUGGCAAGGCCCACACUGUCCCCGACGAUGUCGUUCAGCAAGGUUGGCCCAAGCUCGGCUCCGGCCAGAAGGAGUCGAACCUCCAGUUCGACUACGUCGAGGACCCGUUCUCGUUCAAGAUCACGCGCAAGUCUGACGGCGAUGUGCUGUUCGACACGACCGGCCAGCCUCUGAUCUUUGAGGAGCAAUACCUCCGUGUCAAGUCCAAGCUUGCCGAUGGAUCAAACCUCCAGGGCCUGUCCCAGCACAACGAUAACCUGACCCUGCCAAUUUGGGAGGACGGCUACACCCGUACUCUGUGGAACCGCGACGCCGCCGGCCUCCCGACCCACACCAACCUCUACGGCAGCCACCCGAUCUACUUCAACCAGAAAGUCGGCGACAAGCCCUCUGCCUCGGGUACGUUCUUCCUCAACUCGAACGGUAUGGACGUUAAGUUCCCCGAGAAGGGCAAAUGGAUCGAGUACAACGUGAUUGGCGGCAUCGUGGACCUCAUGUUCCUCAACGGCCCCACUCCUGGAGAAGUCGCUAAGCAAGCGUCGCAGAUCUGGAAGCCGAGCCCGAUGGUCCCCUACUGGUCGCUUGGAUUCCACUCGUGCCGCUACGGCUACAAGGACAUCUUCGAGGUCGCAGAGGUCAUCUCCAACUACUCGGCUGCGGGCAUCCCCAUGCAGACGCAGUGGAUGGACAUUGACUACAUGUACAACAGGUGGAUCAUGACGCUCGACCCGCCCCGUUUCGCUCUCGACAAGGUCCGCUACGUCGUCGACAAGCUUCACAAGAACGACCAGAACUUCAUCGUGAUGGUCGACCCGGCCUUGUACAGUGGCUCGGCGAAGGAAAGCGCGGCCAACUACGAGACCUUCCAGAGCGGCUUGAAGCAGAACGUCUUCAUGAAGUAUCCCGACGGCAACAUCUAUCAGUCUGUCGUCUGGCCUGGGCCCACAGUCUUCCCCGAUUUCACUGCGGAGAACGCCCAGGCUUGGUGGAACUCGGAAUUCGACCGUUUCUUCUCCAAAGAGAACGGCGUCAACGUCGACGGCAUCUGGUUAGACAUGAACGAGGUCGCCACAUUUCUGCCAUAUUUGGAGGCCAACAUCUACCGCGUCGCGCGCCUGUUCGGAGCCCCGCCUCGCCGUUCUCGCCCCCGUAUUAUCCCGCGUACUUUACCCGAGUUCCCCGCCUUCCAGGAGGGCAAGAACAUCUCCGACCCCUGGGGCCAGCCGGCCGAGCAGACUCAGCAGCAGCGCUCGUUCGACGUGGACCUCGAGCUCCAGCGGCGCCAGAACGACAACACCUCGGGCCACUACCCGACUUCUGAGGCGGACUACAUGUCACCCGGGCUCGACUCGCAGUGGCUUUACCCCCCGUACCGCAUCGACAACCGCCGCCUCCGCAAGCCUGCUACCGGCGCGGACCCUUACAUCCGCAACAUCUCCGACUACACUGCUCGCACGGACCUGGUGCUCGGUAACGGCAGGCGCAUGUACGAGGAGCACAACCUGUACGGCUCGCGCCACGCCAUCGCUACCCGCAACUCGCUCCUGCACCGCACUCCCGGCGUGCGCCCCUUCACGGUCGCCCGCGCCUCGUUCAGCGGCACCCCCUCCGCGAUCUGGAUGGGCGACAACCGCGCCUCGUGGGAGCAGUACCGCCAGGUCAUCCCGAACAUGCUGUCCAUGUCGUCCAUCUCCGGCGUGGGCGUCGUGGGCGCCGACGUGUGCGGAUUUGGGUACAACACGACCGAGACGCUCUGUGCUCGUUGGGCGUGGCUCGGCGCUUUCAACACGUUCUACCGCAACCACGUCGACAUCGGGAGCAACUCGCAGGAGUUCUACCGCUGGCCCAUCACUGCCGAGGCCGCGCGGCAUGCGGGCAAGACCCGCCUCGCACUGCUCGACUACACGUACACGGCCCUGCACAAGCACAGCAGCGACGGCACGCCCGUCAUGUGGCCCACGUCGUGGCUGCACCCCAGCCCUGACACGGUCAAGAUGGAGAGCCAGUUCUACUACGGACCCUCGCUGCUCGUUGCCCCCGUGCUGGUCGAGAAUGCGACGCAGAGCGACAUCUGGCUCGCGCCCGGCGAGACGUUCUACGACUAUUUCACGUACGAGAGUGUGCAGGGCAAUGGGUGGAAGCACCUCGACAACGUGACCUACAACACCAUCCCGCUUUACGUCCGUGCCGGCUCCAUCCUGCCGCUGCGCAAGGGCGACGCGAUGACCACGACGCAGAACGCCAAGCUGCCCUUCGAGAUUCGCAUCUUCCCCGAUGCCCAGGGUAAGGCUUCCGGUGAGCUGUACGUCGACGACGGCGUGUCGCUCGAGCCCAAGGACGUCUCGGACCUCAAGUUUGAGUACGACGGUCGCAAGCUUAAGAUCUCGGGAAGCUGCGGUCACCCCGUCCGCAUCACUGCUAUCGUUCCCGCGGCCACGCCUGCUGACUACUCCGCCGAGGCCGGCACGCUCACUCUCACCGUUGACGUCAACGUCGACCACGAGCUGGAGAUCAACGUUCAGUAG